GCAAACCUGUAGUCUAGUUGUCCAUAUGUACAUAUAUAAAUAUAUGACGAUAUGGCCACCGACUCAACCUUGUUCAUUGCUUCUUCUUCCUUUAUUUACUCCUGUUAGUCUUCUUGUUGAGUCUCUUCUUCUUCUUCUUACUCCUCCUCCUCCCCUCUUUCCUUCUUCUGUACAGAAACCCAAGCUUCAUAAAUGGUGGAUCUCCAGACUGUUUGUUGCAUGUGCGGCGAUGUCGGUUUCUCCGACAAGCUCUUCCGUUGCAUCAGAUGCCGCCAUCGUUUUCAGCACUCGUACUGCAGCAACUACUACAACGAAUUCUCGGAAGCCAAUGAAUUGUGCGAUUGGUGCCAGAGCGAAGAGAAGAGUGCAAGGCAUGGCGGUUCAUCGAAGAAGUUGGUCGGAAACGACGCCGGAACGACGAGCAGGUCUCACUAUUCCGGGGACAAGAUCAAGCAACUCGAACGAGAAGACAGUUCCGACAAGGGGAAAAGCCCGGGUAGCGCUCCUUCUCCAAGGCAUACUACACGCAGGUACAAGCUUCUCAAGGAUGUAAUGUGCUGAUGAGUGAAGAAAACAGACUGUAUUCUGUUAACGUGUGUGCAUGUCACCGACCAGUUUCCUUAAUCACAAGUACCUAGCUUUAAAAUUUAAAUUCUUCGAUCUUCUCUCGAGCUUUCCUUCCAAGAGUUUUUAUUCAAUUU